GGCUUGCUUGCUCAUCAAGCGCGUCCAAACAAAGUCUUCGCAAAAUCGUUGAUAUCACUUACUUUGUUGCUCACAGUGUAAUCAAGAAUGCUGCUAACGCGCCUUUACCGAGCCUAGUCAUUCUAUCUCUGAAGCUUGACAUGGCCGCCUUGUAACAAUGCCAAUACCUGACAUCUACACAGACAUUGCUGAGGAGCUCGAGACGUGGGACUCAGAUGACUAUGCGUCAGAUUCAUCAUUUGACACAGAGAAAACUUACGAUGUCGACCGCAUUCUGGCUCAGAGGAUCGAGAACGAAAGAGCUAGCUGGGAGCCUGCAAGAUCGUUCGAAGCACGCUCAAUCAUAAGACAGUGGAAGCGACAGUACAGCUUAGAGCGUAAAGGGUUGGCAAAACCUUUCGACGUGGAUGCUUUGAAGCGCAAACAGGACGAGCGCGUAAAGGCACUCAAAAAGCGACACAAAGCACGGAAGUUGCAGGCCAACAAAAAGACACCUGCGAAGUUAGAAUGUACCACGCCUUCAGCAAUUUCGCUCGAGAACAGCUCAGUGACGACCACCACCGAAACUCCAGGUCCAUUGAAAACAGUAACUCGGGGGAGGCCUGUUAUUCCGGAUUCCGAAGACUCUUCUGAAGACGAUUCAAAUCCAGAUUGCUCCAAGAUUGCGCCCACCGUGCCUGGGAAUAGCGUUGAGCAUCAAAUGCACAUUGACACCACACCUAAAGAACCAAGUGAAAAUCGACUUCUACCCGCAUCUGAAUCGAUACUUGCACAGGAAGAUUCGGUCACUAUUGAAGUGCCAACUCCAAAUUUGGCGAACCAUGCUACAAACCCGAGUGUAUGUGAAUCCGCGCCCGCUUCUAUGUCGAAACUUAACCUACAGAAGCCCACAAUCGCUACAAAUUCAACAAUCCAACCUGCAAAAAAUGCUGUGAAGCAGAUGGAACGAAUCUCCAAUCCCGCCUCUCCGUCAAAACUUGUACAGAAGAAGGUAACGGUCGAUGAUAUGCCCGGUAGCUACUCGGUGAAAGAUGCACUUACCUUCAUACCCGGUAAUACACUCAGCAAAGCACCAAUGGUUGAUCAGGCAGCGCCAUCAAAUGUGAUAGUAGGGCAACAGAAAGUAUCAAAUAAACCCCGUGCCAGAAUCAUAGAGGUACCGACGUUGAAGGAGACAUACCAGGAACUAUUAGGCGGGAUCGCUGGCAGCGCGAGGCCGCUUAUACCUGGGAAGGAAGGCUCGAAGAUCGUGAAUAAUCCCGUCACUAAGCGCCGGCGUGUAGAAUCCGAACCUUCGAGGGCCCCAAAUGACGACCAAUUCCAGAAGAUAUCACAGAGACGCAGGGCUGAGCUUCGCGGUCGCAUUGAUCGAGUGCCAACUGAAUCAUUGUAUAUCCCGGAAGAUGAAGGAGUUGAGACUUCACUAGCCCUAUCAGAUCGCCCAGAGCAGAUGUCCGACAUACGCCAGGAACAUACAGGCCAUAAAGGAAAAGUGCCACAGAUCUGUUAUCAUUGGCUCAAAGGGGGUGGUUGCCAGCGUAAAAUCGACUGUCCUUUUCUGCAUGUUGAUGACACAGAAAACUAUGAGAUAUCCGAUGAGAUGGGCCGAGUUCCCCAGAAAUAUUGGAACCCACCGCAAACCUGCUGGUAUUGGUUCAACAGCAAGUGUAGACUUGACGAUCGGCAUUGUGACUUCGCCCAUGAAAAUACAGGACUCAUCGGACCCAAUCCGCAGAAACACGACUCAGAGACUACACUUGUCGACAGAUCCGAAUUGCCCAUUUCCAUGAGACGUCAAUCGCACCAGAAUCCGCUCGUGACCCCUGCUCCAGCCUUAGAGUCAAUCCCUAUUCCAAAAAAACAAACCACAUGUUACCAUUGGAAGCGCUAUGGUGUUUGUAAAUGGGGUGACGGAUGCUGGUAUGCCCACGAGGACAUGAGCAAUGUAGCGCAACCGCCAAAGGUUGAUCGCCCAUGUGUAUACCACCAGAAGGGUGGGUGCAACAAAGGAGAGAAAUGCCAAUUUGUACAUGGGACGGGUCACAUCGAGGCAGGUCUGCGUCAGGAAGAUAUGUCACCAAACUCUCCAGCAUUCAAGGAAAGCACCAGGGAAGAAAACCCGACCGUCGAUAUGGACGUGGACAGCAGUUGCGCAGCACAAGUGCAAAGUAUUGUUCCUAUGAAAGAGUCUGCGACCUCUAUUGGAAUGAGUUUUUCUGUGCAUUGUGCUUAUGGAGCACAAGGUUUUGAGGCUACACUCACCGGACUGAAUGCGGCAACGCGAGAUCGUCUCCAUGAUGUUGCUGGUCAUGAUUUAAUGUUCUCUGUCGACAACCUGUGUCUGAAGGUAGACUUUCACAGUCUCGUAUACGAGGGAGAUGGCACUAUACUUGCUCAAGGCCUUCUUUCGCCUUUUUCAGACUCUAUCACUGCGUAUCAUACCUUUAGGCAAUUCCUCGAUACUAGAGGACUAUUCGCAUUGGUGUUACAUCGAGAGUUCACCUUGGUCUUGCAUCCCAGCACCACAAAACCUAUCUUGCAUCUCCAAAUCCUUAUGCCAAUUCUUGGUGUUACCAGGCCCAUCAUCCCAAAGAUGCAUGAAGUUGACUGCAACUCUACUCCAGAUGAGACGUCACUCCAAAUGCUGUUCAGACAGCGAUAUGGAGUGACAAAUGACUACCUCUUUCAAGGACCUGGGGUCGACGAUGGACAGCUAGAUAAGAACGUAUUUCUGAUGUUUGAUGAACAGAGUCAUCGAUCGGAUCUCAAUCUUUGGAAAACAUUUUUAUUGGAUUCCCAUGUGUCCGUGUUUGACUGCUCUGUCAGGGGAUCGUGGGACUAUUUCGUGGGUAGUACCAAGAUCAAGAAAGGGGUCAUAAUACUCCAUUCCGAGAUCCUCAGCUUGCAUAAAAUCAAAGAUCUCUGGAAGAUUCUGUACUCAAACAAGUACAAUUUCUUCAGCGCCAGGCCAAUCCAGACCUGGAAAAUUCCCGUCACAAGAGAUUCUUCGCCUGAGCGUGUGAUCUCGAGGUUGUUUCCAACAGGUACACUGAUACUGAUUACAGACGACGUCUUUGUGCAAUCUGCGAAAGAAGCGUUCACCAUGAUGGAGUGUCUCGAUCGCGAGCAUAUCCGGCGAGGGAAGAAGACGAGGGUUGCUGGUAGACCUGGCCUGGUAGACUGGCUUACGGAUAAUUUGCUGUCGAGUGAAGACAAAUACCAGACCUUGCGCGAGAAGACUAUAGUGUACCUGGACAAAUGCGCCCACGACGUAUUCAUUGAUGAACCAGCGUUUCCAUCACGACUGAUCUCGCUACCGCGAGAUGAGAUGCCACAGUAUCACCAAACCUGGGAGCGAGACGAAGCCGAAGCUACAGAUCAUCUCGUGAACUGGUUCGCUGGGACAUGUGAACUCCACGCGGACAGCUUUAGAAGAUUCAUCGUCGUUCACCCAGAUCCGCCUUCGACAACUUGGGCAAACAAGUACCAGCAUCUCAACCUUAUGAAGCCAGAGAGAUGCAUUGAAUUUCUGAAGGCUACAUGAGUGCACGCCUGGCGUUCGUGGGCACUCAGAAACUGCAUCCGAUCUCGGUUGUCGGUCAAGUCGGCCGCUUUCCUCUUUCUUCUCUCGGGGUUGACAUGAUUUGUUUAGUUGAAUUUCCGGGAUAUACCCCCUGCCUGUAGCAUAAGAAGCGAUGCCAAAUCCAUCUACCCAUCUAAGGGAAUGACGUAAAGUUGGCAGAGUUCUGGGAACUGUACCGCGCUUGCUUAGAAUGGAAAUAUCAAUGCCACGCAAUAAUAAUCGCAUAACUCGAUACGCGUUUUGGAAAUCUUGCAAGUUUGGAUAUAUGUAUGCUGCUGCUGAAAGCGUGCCAGUGCUUUUCCGCUAUCUUACUGCACUGCGGGUAGGGGUCCAGUUCAUCUGACCUAUAUAGACUGUAUCUCGAAGCCAUCAUACAUACAUACCUACGG